CGUCCCUUGAGGGUGUGUAGACCAACUCGCUAAGCAACGAGCUGCAAACGGGCAUCGGAGCUAAAAAAAAACAGGAACCACAUUAUUAUCGAGUGUCUUUGCAAUGUUCCCGACGAUAAUUCUUCACCGUUUUUAUUGAUCUCAUCGAAGUCGCCGUCUCUCCAGACAUCGGCUACAGAAAACAAACAAGAAAUUAAUGCAUCUUGCUGCGCGGUGCUGUUUGUUUUGACCUGAUAUUAGGGAAUCCUGCAAGAGGGAUUAGCGGUCCGUCAAUGAGGAACUACCGGCUCAUCUUCUGCCACAACCUGAAGCAGCCAUAGAUGGUUUGGUGGUUCACUGGCUAGAGGAGGAGAGCAUAGGACACACUUUCACUGCUACACGACGUGAGGUCUUGGCGGGGUCGUGGUGAGGAGGAGGAGGCCAUGAGGAAGAGCGUGUCUCCGUUGCCAGGCAACGAGGGCGGGAGCUCAGCGAGCACCUCGCGUGUUUUUGGCGUUCAUCUGGAGGAUGUGACGCGCACGCACACCAUCAGCGGCCACGAGGUUCCUGCACUGGUGAAACACAUCGUCGACUACAUUGAGGAGCAUGGUCACCUGGACCUGGAGGGGCUCUUCCUUGUUAAUGGCAACGCCGAGCGUGUGGAUUGGCUGCGGCAGCGUUACGACAGCGGGGAGGAGGUGGAGCUGGAGAAGGAGGCGGACCUGGCGUCAGCGGUCAGUUUGCUGCGGCUCUUCCUGCAGGAGCUUCCUGAGCCCGUCAUCCCAACCGCAAUACAGGGACACAUCCUGCAGCUCCACCAAGAUUACAGUAAUGAGGAGGAGCUGUUUAGAAACCUGAAGUACCUGCUGCAGCAGCUCCCGCUCCUCAACUACGGCCUGCUGCGCUUCCUCUGCCGCUUCCUCACCAGCGUCGCUUCCCUUCAGCAGGAGAGCUGGAACAUCGGGACGCUGGCCGCUGUCUUCGGACCUGACAUCUUCCAUCUGUCAACAGAAGGAGAGGACCUCCGAGACCAGGAGUCUGUCAGCAGAGUUUUAGCCGAGCUGUUAGACAACCAAGAGGGCCUGUUUGACUCGGAGGAAGAUGACGUCUCCACCACCAACGACUACAGCUCCAUCAAUGAACAGAUCACAGAGCUGUUGGACGAUGAGAAGUGCGAGGCUGAAUGUGAAGAGCUGCCUCAGGACGGAGAGGAGGGUCCUGUCUCCUCUGACUCACCCCAACACACAAACACUGAUGACAGCCCCACAGACAGCUCCCACCUCUCCCCCAUAUCCAUCCUCCCUGCUGACUCUGCUCAGAUAAUCCAUCGCACCAUCAGGGCUGCAGUGGAGCAGCACUUCUUCGAUCUGAAGACCUCCAUCGACCAAGACCUCAGCAACUAUGACAGCCAAGGGGUGAGUCCCAGUGAGCCUGCAGAUCAGGGUUGCCAUGGACCCGAAGAGCAACAAACUGAGCCUGAGGACAGCCCCUGUGACACAGAGGGGGAGACCCCACUGUCAGAAUCCGAGCAGAUCAUGCAUCAAAGCCAGACACACACACAGGAUCCAUUGGACUCUGGUGCCACCCUAGAGGAGAGCUCGGGGAUGGACCUUGAUGCAGAGGCUGUCACAGACGCUGAGAACAACAUCAACACUGCCAGGCAGGACAAUCAACCCUGUGACAACAUGGAGCAAACUCAGAUUGAUAUCAUAAGCUGUGACCCGGACUUAUGCCGCUGUGAUCAAAACGCCAACACCAGCAACACCAACAGGAACCACCUGUCGCCAUGCCAACCAAACUCUGGCCAAAACCCCAACCUGCAGUUGUUCCCCGACAGCCAAUGGGAAGCGUCACCCCCCUCCCAUCUCCACCUCCCUCCCAUAGACUUCUCAUGUAUGCACCUGCAAAAAGAAGGCGAUGACCCCGUCCCGGCUUUUAAAUCGUGGCAGGACGACGGCGAGAGUGGAGAAGCGCAGCUCUCCCCUCUGGCCGGUCGCAUGGUCCGCCUCCCCUCGCUGCUCCUUGAGGAAGAAGGCGAGGAGGAAGAGGAGGAUGGAGGGCAGGACGCCUCCCCUUCCUCUUCCCGCUCCCACCCUCCCCUCCUGGCUCGACGCUUUCUCGACUUCGGGGCGCAUGGUGCCCAGAGGUUUCUCCAGCAAGACCCGGAUGCCACCUCACCGACCAAAGCACAGAGGCCGCGUCGAGCGUCAUUCGGCUCCAAAGAGGCGAUGAGAGGAGGAGACUCUGUGACGCACCAACUCACCAAGAAGCUGCAGCACCUGAAGAAGAAAAUCAAGCAGUUUGAAGAGCAAUUCGAAAAGGAGAGAAACUACAAGCCCUCUCAUGGAGACAAGGCAGCUAACCCCAAAGUCCUGAAGUGGAUGACCGACCUCACGAAGAUCCGCAGGCAGAUUAAAGGACGCCAGCACCACCUUUUACCCAGAAGCACGCUGAGGCACCAGGCUUUGCUCCAUUCAUACAGACGCCACCAUGCUCCCUCCGCCCCUUCCUACUCUUCCUCCUCCUCCUCUUCCUCCUCUAUCUGCUCACCCCCCCACCACACACUCACCCCCCCGCUCCACCCCUACUCAGGCCUGAGCUCUAGACCGUUUCUCAAUGCCAAACACCGUGCAGAGAGCGAGCUCGGCCCCCUGACUCGUCCUCGCAGCAACACUUUACCCAAGAGCUUCGGCUCCACGCUGGACCAAGGCGCUCACGACGCCGAGGUCAAAGAUCAGCAUCCCACCAGAGAGGAAACACUGGAGCAGAUCCAGCAUCGCGUCAAAGGGAAGAGGCAGGAGGACGGCUGGCCUGAUGACAUCAAGAAGAUGACCAAGGAGCAGCUGUCCUGUGAGAAGACGGUGCUUCAGAAGAACCUGCUGCACUACGAGGGGCUGCACGGGCGACCUGUGACCAGAGAGGAGCGCAUGGUGGUGAAGCCUCUCUACGAUCGCUACAGAUUAGUCAAGCAGAUGCUCACCAGAGUCAGCAUCACACCGAUCACAGUGUCCCCCUCCAGCAAGAGGCGCACUCAGACCCUGCAGCCCAUCAUCGAGGGGGAGACCGCUCACUUCUGGGAGGAGAUCAAAGAGGAAGAGGAGGAGGAGCAGAAAGAAAAAGAGGAAGGAGGAGGAGAAAAAGUGGAGAGGGAGGAGGAGAAGGAGGACGAGGAAGAGGAGGUGGAUGAGGAGGAGGAAGGGGAGAGCAGCGGUGGGGAGAUGCAGAGCUCCGAGGUCAUCAUGGCCGUCGACCUGGUGACCUCGUCCGAAGGAUCGAUGACGAGGAGCCACAGCCCGCCCGACUCCUCCAUGGGGGGGAAGAUGGAGGAGGGGUCGGGGAAGCUGGCGCUCGACCUGCGGCUGUCCAGCUCCAACGCCUCGUCCAUGCCAGAGCUGCUGGAACAGCUGUGGAAGGCCCGAGCCGAAAAGAAGAAACUGAGGAAGACCAUCCGAGAGUUUGAGGAAGAAUUUUAUCAGCAUAAUGGAAGAAACGUGCAGAAGGAGGACCGGGUGCCGCGACUGGAGGAGUACAGGGAGUACAAGAGGAUCAAGGCCAAACUCCGCCUGCUGGAGGUCCUCAUCAGCAAACAGGACUCCUCCAAAUCCAUAUAGUCCCGCCUCCUUGACACCAGCUUUCACUGCAGUCAUCCCAUUGGAGGAGGGGGUCCACAAACGCAUCGCAGGACUUCCCAGGAAGAGACACACAGACUUCACGACCUCCACUCAGUGUGCUGCAUUUAUGUCAUGGAGGGAAUUGAUUUAAAGUGACUUCAGUGGCAGUUUGCCAGGGUUUAACCUCAGGAACCUUGAGGGACUUAAAACCUGAGUUUCCCAGGGUGGAAACAAUCGACCUAACUCUGACGAUCAAAUAUAGAGACAGCAGCUGUGCGGUCAUUUAGACUGCAGCCGCAAAAUAAAAAGAGUUGAAAUCAGAAGAACGUGACGACUGUGAUGUCUCAUGAUGUUAAAAAACUAAAUCUCAAAUUGUUUUUAAAACUUUAUCGGCCCAGUUUGUGAUUUUAGCUGCUUUUCUUUUUUUAAGCUCCUCACAGUUUAGUAGGACUAUUUGCUGAAAAGUGUGAGACUGCGUUAAAAAAUCUUUAAGCAGAUUUUAAGCCUUUGAUGACUUAAAUGAUAAUAUUAGUUUGAUAAAUAUACCAUUAUUUAUAUAUGCGACUACCAUUUCAUCAGCAGUGUGGACAAAUUGUGGUUCUUUGACUUUAAUCAACCACAUUUAAAAGAGGAUUUUCUUGCUAUGACACAAAUGCAGCACCGGACAACCUAAAAUCACUUCGUCAGCCACACCUGAACGCCUCGCCGGACUGCAUUUCAUCCGAAACACACAAAGAAACACAGAAGAAAAGGAAUCUUCAUCACCAACGUGUCUGCAGACGUUGCCCUUCAUGUCCGUCACUCAUCUUCUGAGAGAAAAACAUUUUGACGUUUUAUUUUCAGGAACUUUCUUUUUGUUCUUCAUGUUUUUUUUUCCUUCUUGCUGAGGAAUUUUAUGGGACAGCUCGUGGACUGGCAUUUUAGACGCUCUUCGCUCAAGACACUCGUUCUUUCUUUGGGACGUCCCACUGUCUGAAAGUCCUUCGCCUCUCGUCAGGGAGUCACAAUCAGCGGCCUCCUCGGCGCGAGGCGAUGUUAUUUUAUCGUUGGUUAAAAUUAAUUUCACAUCCUUGACGCUUCACACCUUCUGACGGAUUUUAGAAACCAUGAUUCAGAUUCACAGUUUGCGUUUAUUCCUGUUAAAAAAACAAGUGUAUACAUAUAUGUUGGUAAGACACUGCUGUCCACGUCUUUUCUUGGAUGAAAAAAUAUGUUGUAUUCCAAUGGGAAAAAGAUUUGUACUAACUCUUAGACCCUGGAGCUGAUCGUGAAAGACUGAAUUUCCUUUUCCUUGAUUUCUAUUCUUCAGCUUUUUGUUUUAUUUUGGCAAUAUUUGUCAGUAAGAUGUACACAACUCCAUUUCCCAUGAGCCUCUUGGGAGGGGGGACUCUGCUUUUAAGUCGUCUUAAACUCAAACAAGUUUGUGUUUGUUAUUUUUGACGGCACUUAAAGGCAUCAUCGGCCUAAAGAUGCUCAGAGGAAACGAUUUAGAGAUUUUAAGAUGUAGAUGUGACAGAAAUCAUUUGGAAUAUUCUGCGUUUGUUUUUAUAUUUUGUCUCUUGACUUGUUCAGUUUGCUGCAUAGAGGUCCUGAGGGAUUAUGGGUAAUAAGUGAUGAGGAGAGGAGCCAGUAUCUGGUCCACGCUGCUGCAGUUUCUUUGAAACCAAAAGCAUGUUGGCUACAGGAAGUGGGACGGAGUUUCCUGAAUAUCAGUCAGCAGUUGCUGUGCAGCUGAAGUGACCUUUACUGAGGAGCUGAUUUAUCUCUGGGGGCUCAGAGUGUGUAGCUGUAUUUUAUCUUUGAGGUGCCAACACUGCCAGCACUGAUUUUAAACGCAGAAACUGUGUGAUCUUUUUUCACGACCUGUGAGUCAGUGCUGAGGGCCAGUUAGCACGUUAGCAUGAUGUCCUCCCUGCUGAGGAAGGGAAGGAGGUUCUCUCUGGUCUCUGUGACGUUUCAUUGCCUGCUGGCGGGUGAAAAGAGGGCAGGUGAGGAAGAGGAGGAGCUCGUCCUCGUGUUUCUGUCUCCUAUCAGACAUACGUCAAGAUGUCACAGUGUGAUUUGAAAUAUGGGACAGACACAUUUCCAACUAUCGCUGAUUUAUGGCUUUAGCGUUUGUUUCUGCAGGUGGAGUUCUAUUAUCAGAACCUCUUCGGCUUGUUACGUGUGAGACGUUUAAGGACAAUAAGAAAAACGUAAUGCUUUUUUGCGAUGUACUUUAACCUGCCUGAAUCAAAGUUGACUGCAGUCUUUUUUCUGCCAGUGGAUGGCAGAUGUGAUGGUUUGAAAUCACAGUGUUGAAUGAGACAGGAGUUUUUGUGAGUGCUCGUCAAGAGGGAGGUUUGUGAGGACGUGGAGGUUCGUAGGGUUGAUGUAAAAAGAUGUUAUUUGCACAGCAUUCACAGAAUGCAGCCCUUUGUGUUUUUUCAUUUGUUAUUUCUAAAAAUGAAGCACUACUUCUAUACAAAUAUAAAUAUAUACUGUACAUAAAAAACACCCGAAGGAAUGAAUGUCAGAAAUGUUUAAAUUAUUUCAAACAUUAUGUUUGGCCCCCUUUGGUUCAAUAUAUUUGUGAUGCCCUGAGAAUGUGUUUUUUAUUAUUAUAAAUAUUGCUAUUACUAUCAUAACCUUCAUUUUGUGUGAUAUUGACAAUAAUAACCCUUUUGUAUCUACUCAGAAACUGUAAAGCAGCUGUAGAAGUUAGUCUGGCACUGUGUGGCUGAUCGACCUGAACAUGCUCCGUUUCCUGAUUUAUUUUUGUCGCUGUGUAAAAUAAGCUAAUCUAGAAGCAGUACUGUAUUGAGCUUGCAUGGCAAACAGAACAUAAUAGUAUGAAUAACUUGAUGUAUUGUUUAUAUUAUUUGUGCCAUGAAGGAUCAGCAAUAAUAAAAGUUUGCGUGGAGGUUGUACAGUAUCGGGUCCUGGGUAAUGUGUGGGAUAGACUUUGAGUGUGUGAAUAUUUGAGGUACAACACUUUUCCAGCCUGACACACACACACACGGUCACACACUCUACUUAUACAGCUUGUUUUUACCACUGCUGUCAGCAUAAUGUUCAUGUUGGCGCUGCUGAAAAACCAAAAUAAGAAUCUGAAAGAUGGAGAGGGAUUGAAAAGCGAAUGACAGAAAACAUUCCAGUUUUUAUCAUCAUUUUAAAAAACGAGAAAUCCAUCUUCGAUGUCUGAAGGGCUUUUCUUUCAAUUUGUAACUUUCUUUGAGUCAAACAAGACGAGCAGUUGAUAUGUUUGGCGCCUCAGUUUCUUAAAAUCGACUCUGUUUUACAUUGUGCCUGCAACACAGUGCUAAUAGUCACGUUGUGAACUGUAAAUGUAUUCUGUCGGUGUACAGUUUCAUCACACACACUUUCCCCUCUGACAUGCAUGUUUGUUUUAGACACCUGGAGCUCACAGCAGACGUUUCUGUCAAAGGUGUCCUGCAGGAAAUGUCAAAGAAAUGAUCAGUUUUUUGGUCAAAACGGCAGAAGACGAGCUAAAAGAUAUAUUUUACAAGUGUGUAAAGGGACUUUUGAGUCUUUAAAUCUUUAAAAUUUAAAGGAGAAAUCGUCGUGUUGCUUUCAGGUGUGAUCAAGAAAGUACGAAAUCGGAUACUUCUUGACAUCUUUGAUACUGAGUUUGCUGUAAUUUGCUUUAACGUGAGAGUUGGUCUACAUGUGAUACUGUGUUUUAUCACAUCGAUAUAUUGUAUGUGCGUAUGUAUCUAUAAAUGUUUUCUUACUUUGUGAAUGCUUUUUUUCUGUUUUUUCUCCAUUAACAAAACAAUGAAAAAAAUACAAUCAGUAAAACAUUUACACGUGAAAAAUAAAAUUUACAAGCUUGCCACA